AGAGGGAACCUGAAAGGACAGGGUUUUUUUUACGGAAUUUGGGAUCACUUAUCUCCUUCGCUGGAACUCGGGCUUUGCUUCAGCAACGCUGUGCACUUUUUUUGGGGUCCGACAGCCUAAGUCUUUUGCCUGCUGUCUCGGAAAGCCGGCCUCCUGCCUCACGAUGCCCCAGCUCGGACUCUUGCACGGGAGGUCCUGGGCUGCGCUGCUUCGCCAGCUCCUGCGGCCUCCUCGUGUGGUGUGCAUCGGGGCGGUCUAUUCUCACAGCCAGGUUGUAGAGGCAGUGUUAACAUCCCAACUGAAACCACAUCAAGAGAAAUCAAAUUUUAUUAUCAAGACACCAAAGGGCACCAGAGAUCUUAGUCCCCAGCAGAUGGUUGUGAGGGAGAAAAUACUUGAUGUAAUUGUUAGCUGCUUUAAACGUCAUGGAGCAAAAGGGUUGGAUACCCCAGCAUUUGAGCUAAAGGAAAUGCUUACUGAGAAGUAUGGAGAGGACUCUGGGCUCAUCUAUGAUCUGAAGGAUCAGGGUGGAGAGCUAUUAUCCCUGCGCUAUGACCUUACUGUCCCUUUUGCACGUUAUAUGGCCAUGAAUAAACUGAAGAAGAUGAAACGCUACCAUGUUGGAAAGGUGUGGCGGCGAGAGAGCCCAACCAUAGUCCAAGGCCGCUAUAGGGAGUUCUGCCAGUGUGAUUUUGACAUUGCUGGUGAGUUUGACCCUAUGAUUCCUGAUGCAGAGUGUUUGAAGAUCAUCUGUGAAAUCCUAAGUGGAUUGCAGCUAGGGGACUUUCUCAUUAAGGUCAAUGACCGGCGGAUUUUGGAUGGGAUGUUUGCCAUCUGUGGUGUUCCUGAAAGCAAGUUCCAUACCGUCUGCUCCUCCAUAGACAAACUGGACAAGAUAUCUUGGAAAGAUGUGAGACAUGAGAUGGUGGCAAAGAAAGGCGUGGCUCCCGAAGUAGCUGAUCGAAUUGGGGACUAUGUCCAAUGUCAUGGUGGGCUGUCCUUGUUAGAGCAAAUGUUCCAGGAUCCCAGACUAACUCAGAGCAAGCAGGCCCUAGAGGGCCUGGGGGACUUGAAGCUGCUCUUUGAAUAUUUGACUUUAUUUGGAAUUGCAGAGAAGAUCUCCUUUGAUCUAAGCCUGGCUCGGGGCCUGGACUACUAUACAGGAGUGAUCUAUGAAGCAGUACUGGUACAGACCCCAGCUCAGGCUGAGGAUGACCUUUUGAAUGUGGGCAGCGUGGCUGCUGGUGGACGCUACGAUGGGCUAGUGGGCAUGUUUAACCCCAAGGGCCACAAGGUGCCGUGUGUGGGGCUCAGCAUUGGGGUAGAGAGAAUCUUCUCCAUUUUGGAGCAGAGGAUGAAGACUUUUGGUGAGAAGAUACGGACCACAGAGACUCAAGUGUUUGUGGCCACUCCACAGAAGAACUUUCUCCGAGAACGAUUGAAGCUAAUUGCAGAGCUUUGGGAUGCUGGGAUCAAGGCAGAGCUGCUGUAUAAGAACAACCCUAAAUUACUAACGCAACUGCACUACUGUGAAAACAUGGGCAUUCCACUGGUAGUCAUUAUUGGUGAACAAGAACUGAAGGAAGGUGUCAUCAAGCUCCGUUCAGUGGCCAGUAGGGAGGAGGUAGCCAUUAAACGGGAGAAUCUUGUGGCUGAAAUUCAGAAGCGACUAUUCGAAUCUUGAUCCUUUCCUGAUUGUCAUCUGCUGCUCUUUGUAGAAAAUGUUUUAUUUAGGCCUGGGUUCCUGAUGUACUUCACAACUGCUGGCCAGGAUGAAUGACAAGUGCCUCUGCCACCUCCAUCCUUCUUGGAUACAGAACUGUAGAAAGCCCUGAGGACUCCUGGGCUAUUGUGAGCAGCUCUUCUGCAUGGGUGCAGAUGGCUG